AUGCCGUCCGAUGCCGGUCGGGACUCCCAGGUGGAUCCCAUGGACUUGGACCACAACGACGAUGGCGGCGCGACGGAGCAACGCGCGAGACGAGCCGGAGGGGCACCGCGCUCACAAGGAGCGCUGGAACUCCGCCGGAAGGACUCGGGACCGACGCCCGAGGUCCAGACGCUCUUCGAGCAACGCCGGAAGCGCAUUGCCGAGGGCCGCCGGGACGCCGCGAGCUUCGCGGGCGUGGCGGUCGGUGCGCGCGUGCAGGCGCAUUACUGGGCGGCUCGGAGAAUGGGGUGCAAGAUGGGGUGUGGGGGCUGGCGGUGUGAAGUGGGAGUGAAGCCCGACCGGAGGAAGUCAGAGCAACCGGCCGAAGCCAUCGUGAUGGGCGUCCACUACACCGGCGAUCAGGAGCGAGAACGAGACAUCGCUUGUGCGCCGCAACUGGAAGUGCAACUGCAGUUUCUACGGCAGGAUCCCCAAACGCUGAUGCCCGCGAAGCUCACCUGCGUCCCUUCACAUUGGAUCAUCAGCAGCGAGGAGGAUGCCCAGGUGGCCGAGGCCCUCCGCGAGGUGGGAAUCCAUGAGGAAGAUCAGCCAUUUUGGGAUGCGGUCUUUCCAGCUUCUGAGAUGCAGGAGGUCUGCCGCUUGACGCAGUGCCAACGGCGUGCGUUGGCACAGGUCCGCGCACAGGCCACGGCAAGCCACCAGGCUGCCUAUGACAACGUCUUAGAACGAUUCCAGGCGUUGGGCUAUGAAGACAAGGAGCUGCAGGCGGUGUUGAGCUGGGUCCAAGACUUGGCUCCGGUGAUCAUCCACGUGCACCUGGAUACAGUGGGUCGCUUUCUUGAGAGCGAUGAGUACUACAGGAGCCAAUUUGAGACGAAGACCUCCUGCGGAGCGCUGGAUGAUGACAACGGGAUUCGCAUCCGCUGGGAGCGGGACCUCUUUGGGGACGCCUAUGAAGACGCCACGCCCUUCGAGCGCUGCAAGUACGGGGCCCUCAAUGUCACUAGAAUCGAUCUGCACCAGCCCUUUCUUGUCCGAGAAUUCGUUUUCGCGGUCGAAGACUUUGAGGUGACGAAUGACUUUGAGGGCUGCAAGUCGGCUUGUCAAUACGGCGACAGCUACCUGGUGCUGAAAGACGUUCGGCUCCGCUGCACGUUUGCUUCCACCGAUUCGGGUGGGAUCGAAGGAUCCCGAUUGGCUGUCCUGGACAAAUACGCACAUGUUUUGGCCGAGUACGCCGACGACGAGAUCACCGGCCUCGUCGAGGUGGCCACCGCGCCGCCCCCGAGGCCCGUAGAGGAAGUGCCACGGCUCCUGCGAGGCAAAACUGAGAAUUCCACUGUGGAGUGGGUGACCUUUGGUUUCCCACAGCUGAUCCGGAAAGAAGGCUGCUUCUUCUUCGAAGUGGAACUGAUGGAGGGUUGCAGCCUGCCUCAAGUGGGCUUGGCGAGCGAGCAAUUCCAUUGCUUUCCGGGCGUGGAAAGCAACAGCGGCAUCGGUGAUGAUGAGUACAGCUGUGGAGUGGAUGGCUUGCAUGGAGCAUGUCUCAAGCGCCCUGGGCAAGAAAGCUGGUCGGUUUUAGGGUUUGGGUUAAAAUCCGGGUUGACCAUGCAUUUGUGUACUACAAAGGAUGGAGGUGGCUCCCGGUGA